GUCAGUGGGAGUGUGUGUGUGUGUGUGUGUGUGUGAACUGAAGGGAUGUGUUUGAGAAGCCAAAAGAGGAAAAGAGUGCAGAAGGACCAGACUUCCUCAGUCCUCAGUUCCGGUCCUAAAGGAAGCCUGCAGGAAUGGCAUUGAUUGAGUUUAUCUUUGUCUUGUGUGGUGCCUGUGUUGUCUUCUUUUGGCUGACACGUGCGAUAAUGAUGCUCGCUCCAAUGAUCGGUGGGCCGAUUCCAGGGAGUUUCUUUACCUCAAUGGGAAAAUGGGCAGUCAUCACAGGAGGCUCAGAAGGAAUAGGAAAAGCGUAUGCAGAAGAGUUUGCAAGACUUGGGCUGAAUGUGGUGAUCAUUAGCAGGAAUAAAGAGAAGCUUGCCAGAGCUGCAAAAGACAUAGAGGUUAAAACAAACAGAAAGGUCAUGGUCAUAUCCACUGACUUUACCAAGGAUGAUAUUUAUGAAAGCAUUAAGGAAAAUAUUCAGGAUUUGGAUAUUGCCGUUUUAGUUAACAAUGUGGGAAUUCUGCCAAGUAAAGUACCCAGCAAAUUACUUGAAACAGUUCAUCUGGAGGAGAAAAUUCAUCAAAUGAUCAACUGUAAUAUGAAAGCAACGGUCAAGAUGUGCCAUAUUGUCCUUCCUGGAAUGGUGGAAAGAGGACGUGGGAUCAUCCUGAACAUUUCAUCUGGCAUUUCGAAAAGUCCCUUCCCCAUGUACACAUUAUAUGCAGCUACAAAGGUGUUUGUUGAGAUAUUCUCACGAGGGCUUCAAGCUGAAUACAAAUCCAGUGGAAUUCUUAUUCAGUGUGUGUCUCCCCUUGGGGUCUCUACUGCAAUGACUGGCUAUCAGAAACCUAGCUUCAUUACACUUACUCCUGAGGGGUUUGUAAGGAGCUCCCUGCUGUAUCUGAAAGCUGGGGAUCAAACAUAUGGCAGCAUCAACCAUGCAAUCCUGGGCUGGAUCAUGCAUUCAAUCCCCACUUGGGUUCUCAAAAAAGAAGCAUUUCAGAGUAGCUUUCAGGAUUAUGUUCAGAAGCAAGUGUCUGGAGUCUAGCAUUUUGAUAUGCAUUUUUAUUUUUUGAUGCCAGUGUUAAUUGUUGUUUGGUUGUCACCAUCUGAAAACCACUGCUUGGGAAGAUGAAGGAAGUCUGUGUCAUACUAAAUUCUUUAUCAGUACCCUAAGACUGCAGAAUCUAAAAAUAUAAUCAAUUGUACAUCCCAUGUGAAAAGACAGUUGCAGGGUCAAGCCUGCAUGCAGACAGUCUCCCCCUUUAAUUGGUCUCAAGGUGAAGGAGAAAAGCAAUAAAAUUAUACUUGUAUUUUUAUGCCA